AUGAGCAGGGAUGACUUCCACGCAAGUGUCCUGAGGACGACCAAGACCUACGGGAUCCAGAACAGGCUGGGCCAUAAACUGGAGGAUAGGUACGAGAGGUUUGGACUUGACGACGUUACCCAACUCAACUUUUACAGGCAGUUGUUCACGGAAUUCUUCGGAUCGUUCGUUCUGGUUACUUUGGGUUGCAGCGCCAUCACACCUUAUAAACCGCAAGGGUCGGAUGCUCAUCUAAACAUGGCUUCCAUCAUUCUGUCUUGGGGAUUUACCAUAGCAACUGUUGUCUGGACGAUUGCGCAUGUCAGCGGCUGCUUUCUGAAUCCUGCCGUCACUAUCAGCAUGUUCAUCAACUCCAGAAUCCCUUUAACCAGUGGUUCUGAAGCUAUUGUUGUCUCACAGGUAAGCACAACUUGUCAAACGCUGCUCAAUCGAGAACUGGGAAUUGACGAGUUCAAGGGAUGUGUCAUCGAGUUCUUCAUCACGUUCAUCCUGCUGUUCUUUGUGUUUGCCACCACUGACCACCAUAGAAUGGAUCACGGCGGUUCUCACGCUUUGAUGAUUGGUGGUGUCAUUAUUCCAUUGGUCAAUAUGGCGGCCGAGCUAACUGGGGCGGGUAUGAAUCCAGCCAGGUCAUUUGGUCCGGCACUCAUUCACGGGAACUGGGACGCCCAUUGGGUGUACUGGGUGGGCCCAAUAGGAGGUGGAAUCACUGGGGGCUUGUUGUACGACCUGGUCUUCUCUGAGCGAGUCAUUGCCUGGUCCAGAUACUUACAAGUGGGACAUGUCCAAAUAGACGAGUAG